AGUUUGAUGACUUUCUGGGUUGUGUGCCACACGAUCAAAUUAAACAAAUUUCAUUUCUUUCUAAUCAUGGCUAACGAACCCAGUAUCAAAGUAAUUAACACAAAAAUAUGGGUAGCAGAAAAUGAAGGCUCGUUUGUACCUCCAGUUUGCAACAAACUCAUGUAUGGUGAUGGUCAACUGAAAAUUAUGUUUGUUGGUGGACCAAACUCAAGGAAAGAUUUUCAUAUCGAAGAAGGAGAAGAGUUGUUUUACAUGGUGAAAGGCAACAUGUGCUUGAAAGUGAAGGAACAAGGAAAACCUAAAGAUAUAAUCAUCAAAGAGGGCGAGGUUUUUCUUCUGCCCUGUCACAUACCACACAGUCCUCAGCGAUUUCCUAAUACAAUAGGAAUGGUUAUUGAAAGAGAACGUGAGAAAGGAGAACAAGAUUGUCUUAGAUAUUACUGUGAAGAUGACACAACUACCCUAUUUGAAAAAUGGUUUUAUUGUGCAGAUCUGGGAAAAGAUCUUGUUCCAAUUGUUAAAUCGUUCUUUGAAUCAGAGCAAUACAGGACAGGAAUACCUAUUGAUGGUACUAUCACUGACUCACCACCAUUCCAACUUGAUAAAACAACUGAACUAGCCAGUCCUUUCUUGUUACAAAAGUGGGUUGAUGAAAAUAAGGAUGAAAUAAGAGAAAAAGGCUACAAAGUCAUGUUCCAAACUAAGCAGACCAUGAUUAGAGUUUAUGGUCAAGGAAAUUAUGCAACAAAUGGGGAUUCUGAAACAUGGCUCUGGCAAAUAGAAGGGAUCACCUACUUGAGUUGUAACAUUAUGGAUAAAGAACUGUCAAAAAGUGAUGUUACUCUGAUCCCUGCUGGAACGAAGUUUUCAUGGAAAAUAGAAUCAGAUGGCAUUCUUAUGUCUGUUAUCAUGGAUCCAAAAAGAGAUCUAAUAUCUUGAUAUUUAUGUUGAAAUUGUCCACAAUAAUAAAUUCUAUAACAAUAAUUUGCCUUGGCAAACAAUAUAUUUCAUUUGAAAUUCCAUAAUUUGUAUCUUAUUUAAAAAUGACAAACACUGAUAGAUUAACUCUGUCAUAUUUGCACAGUUAAUGCGCAAUAACGCUCAUUAAUGUUAACAAAUAUGUAUUAAUUAUAAUUUUUUUGUAAAGAACAUCUUUAUAAUUUACUACUUAACAUUUUUAAA